AUGAAGUUUGAAUGGGUCAUUAUUCCAUUGCUUCUAUGUUUUGUCACAACCAGUGAGAUUGCUGUACAACUUGAAGAGGACAAUGGAGCAAGUGAAUAUAACGAGGACAAUAGAGCCAGUAAAUAUAACGAGGACAAUAGAGCCAGUGAAUAUAACGAGGACAAUGGAGCCAGUGAAUAUAACGAGGCUAUUAAACGAUUGCAAAAGGUGGAACAAACGUAUACACGACAUUACAUCUUCACAGCCGACAAUAUUGAAAAUAAUCUAUAUAUCCCACAAUAUGAUGCUAGCAUAAAGGAUUACAAAACAGACGACGACACGACUACGACUGCCAAACCUCCUUUAGCUGCUUUAGUAAAAGAUAUUAUACCUUUACUAGAGAAGUCGGCAUCCAAAAAUAAUCUUGAAGCCUCAAGAACUUUAGGGGACUUUUACAUGUUUGGCAACUUUUCUUUUCCUGUUGACUACAAGCAAGCCAAGUAUUACUACGACAAGACGAUAUCAAUAGGACCAGAUGGCCAUGCGUAUUUCAUGUUGGGGUUUAUUUAUUCAACCGGGUUGUUUGGUGAGUUUGGUGUCGACCAGGCGAAAGGGAACUUGUACUACCAAUUCGCUAUGGAAAAUGGCGAUAUGAAUGCAUUGUUGGUUCUAGCAUAUCGUCACUUGAAAGGUAUAUGUGUUCCACUAAACUGUGAGCUAGCCGUUCCUUAUUACGCAAAGUUGGCCAAUAUCGGUAUUGAGUGGUUCCAAAACAAAAGCCACAUUCGUGAGGUGGACUACAACAUUAGAAUAUCGGACUUCAAUGGCGGUUUGUUUGGUGAUAAAUUGAGCGAAACGGGCUCUUCAAUAGAGAUUAGAUCUCGAAUCUUUGCAGAUUUGAAACAAACAUUUGAGGAAAGUAAAAUAAACGCCAAUGAUCACGAAUAUGUAUCCUUGUAUUAUUCCGGUAUGGAGCAUUUUAAAGGUGAUUAUUUUGUGGAAAAGAAUUUGACAAAGGCAUUCAAUGAGUUUAAGCGGUGUGUGGAUUUGGGAGAGGAAAUUUUUGGUGCUAACGACUAUACGAACAUGGUGCAGCUUGACAGAUUAUAUCUAAGUUCAUGUCAAGCCAUUUUAGGCAGAAUGUAUUUCAAGGGGUUGUCCGUCCCGCAGGAUGUUGAAAAAGCAGAGCACUACUAUAACAUCUCCAUUAAAGUUCAAGCAACCCCUGAAGCACUUAAUGAUCUAGCUAUCAUUGAAGAGAAAGGUUUGCUCAGGACCGCUAACUACACAAGAGCAAUUGAGCUAUACGCAGCAGCUAUCAAGAACAAGUCUGCAGAAGCAAACAAAAAUUUGGCCAAGCUAUUGAUCAAGAUCAGCGGUGGCGAUCCCAAGUCCAGUGAACACAGGUCUGAUAUUUACAGAUCGAUGAAAGAAGCCGCUUAUUCUGGUAAUACAGAGGCUUUGUAUUACAUGGGAGAAUUUUUCGAGUCUGGAUUACCAUUAAUAUCCGACUCUGAUGACAAACCGACAUGUUCUAAAACGGCUAUGUACUAUAGAGAAUUUGUUAGAAGACUCUCGCCAUUCUUUGCACCACACUUGAAAUAUGCUUUUGAAGAGUUGAAAAGCGGGAAUUACAAGAAUUCGUUAAUUGGUUAUCUGAUUGCAGCAGAACAAGGCUUUGAAGCCGCACAAAUUUCAGCUGCAUAUUUACUUUACCAACAACAACCACUAUCUCAAAGUUUGAAACUGUUCUCCUCGGAGCGUGUUAAAAUUGCAGUUCAUUAUUUAGAGUGCGCUUCAAAACAGGCCAACGUUGAUGCCACUGUUUUACUUGGAAUUCUUUUGGCCGGGGAAGAUCCAAAAGCUCAAAUGAAGGUCGAUUAUGAGCGUGCGUUCAACUACUUUAGGCUCGCUACUGAUAGACACUCAUCACAUGGAGCUUAUAAAUUGGCAGAGAUGUAUGAAUACGGUUUAGGACCUACAAACAAUACCGUCGACUAUUUUCUUGCAAAGAGGUAUUAUGAUCAAAGUCUACAGUACCGAGAAAAAAUAGAGUAUGAAAGACAAUUACCAACUUCAAAGCUAUCUUACACCAAAGUUCACAUUAGCUGGGCAUUAUUGCGAUUGAGAUUCAAGUAUUUAUUCAAUCGGAAAGCAUUCAACAGCCUGAUAGAUGAAACAUCCGCGGAUGGCUGGUUAAGUGCAUUCAAAAAGAUUGGUAAAAAAUCUUCAAGCACAGAAGCAACCGAAGAGCGAAAGGACUCUCCAUCACGCGCAGAUGCCCACCAUCAAGGUACCCCACAUGAGACUGACUAUGUUGAAAAUUACGACAUUGGUGAUUAUCUAGUGAUAUCCUUGACUUUUCUUUUUUUUUCCAUCUUUUUCCUUCAAAAUAUUAUAAGGCAAGUACGACGAGCGCGGCAAGGGCCUCGUCCAGCCAAUCAGAAUGCUGGUGGAGCAGAGGACAACGUAGAACAGAAUUGGGGAUGGAACGGUAUGGAAGUCAAUUUCAGAAGAGGAAAUUUCGAAUUUCAUUUCUUCGCUAUCUGA